AUGACGCGCCCUCACAUUAUCAGAGCAGACACAAUUGACCUGCAGGACAAGAUUUCCCCGACCGCCCAGGACCAUUCUCACCAGCCCGAACGCCCAGCCCCCCUCGGAGCAGGCCCAGCCGCUCCCCAUCAGCAGGCCGCCAUCCGCCAUGUCGAGAAGGAGCGCACCUCGGAGGAGGCGCGCCUGCACAACGUCUGGGACCAGACCAACAACACGCUUCGGGACGACCCCGGCUCUGAUGACGAACACACGACAAUCCACCACGCCAACGGACACGAUGCGUCGCACGACGAACAGGCGGUGCGGCUGAACGGCGGCGCACACGGCGACGCUGACGAUGCCGACAUGCAGGAUGCCGACGUCGAGGAGGACAUGGACGACGACAUGAUGGACAAGAUCUCGAGCUCGCCCUCGAUAGACGAUGGCGAAUGCUUACGAGAAACAGAGGACAUUGAUUUUGAAUUUGUCUACGCGCUACACACAUUUGUCGCGACCGUAGAGGGCCAAGCAAACGCAACAAAGGGCGACACAAUGGUGUUACUCGACGACAGUAACAGCUACUGGUGGCUGGUGCGAGUGUCAAAGGACAACAGUAUUGGUUAUCUGCCCGCAGAGCACAUCGAAACACCCACAGAACGCUUAGCGCGUCUUAACAAGCACAGAAACAUUGAUCUCUCUGCCACAAUGCUUGGUGAUACCGCUGAAAAGACAAAAAACCCACUUAAGAAGGCGAUGCGGCGAAGGAACGCAAAGACUGUCCAAUUCGCACCACCGACUUAUGUUGAAGCCUCAGACUACGACUACUCUUCUGAUGAGGGCGAGGGCGAGCUUUUCGGAGGCCCCGAGCCAAGGCAGAUGCAACAGGAACAGAGCGGAGCGCAGAAUGGCGAUGCGGCUCAAGACGACGGUAUGCAAGUGCAGCCGCUCAAGGUGAAUGGUGGGAAGAAGGACGGCAACGACGGCGACUCACGCCGUUCGAGUGACGACUCUAAAGGAAGCGAGGACUCCCUGGACCGACCAUUAGACCCCAAGGUAUCACGGAAUGGCACACUUCGCAACACCGACUCUUUCUUCAAGGACGACAACACUGAAACACGCAAGAUUACGCUCACGCCAAACAUACUUCGCGACGACUCGAGUUCUUCGACUACAGGCUCACGGGAACGCGGAGCAAGUCUCGAGAGUUUGGAGAAGAAUGGCUUUGCAGACAAGGUCAAGGACGACAAGAAGAAGAAAGAGAAGAAAUCAGGUAUGCUGAGUGGGCUCUUCAAGCGCAAAGACAAGAAGGGCAAGGGCGCACAGGAUUUGGUGGACAGCGAUAUGGAAAAGUCAGAGGAGGCUGAUCGCAGCUCACCGCAAUCGAAACCCUUGGAUGAAGGUGCAGAACGGUCGUCAGCUGAGCAGGCCGCGGCGCCUGCGCCUUUGAGACAGCCAAGCAAGGGCAAAGUGCAAAGGCGCCAGAUCAGUCGCGACGACUCUCCGAUAAAGACCAAGGGUAUCUUGAAAACAGAGAGUCCUAUGGAUACGGACUCGGACGACGAAGACGACAAUGCCGCGGAGGACGAAUCUACCGCACAGCAGACGACCUCAUCCAUGCGUCUGGUGCCACCAGAACAAGGCAACACAAGCCCAUCGCCUGCUGAGGAGCAAAAGAAACCCUCUGUUUCAGCCUCGACCUCUACACAUUCAAAGAACCCGUUCAGCGGUAUAAUGAAGUCUUCACACGAUGGCGAGGUGAAGCGCGAAAAGGUCACAAAGGCCAAGCAGCGUGUACAGCUGGACGACUUUGACUCGGAUGAAAGCAGCGAUCCUUUCGCGGACCCUGACGCUGAACGAAAAUCGGGCGGGGCUGAGAAUUCAGAAUCGGCUGGGCGUCUCUCGGAAUCACCAGUACAUGUCUCUGUAGCAGAUGCACAAGCGUCCCAGAAAGAGAAUGGGGCAGGCAAGGACAGAGAACUCGAUUCUCACCAUGCUCCUGGCUUGUCCACGGAUAGCUCAAGCCAAGAAACUAGCUCACCAAUAUCGACGCCAACACCCGACGACAGUCCCUCAAAGAAUAGCCAGGAGAACGCAUCGCCUACAAACACGACAUCGGCCUCGGCUAUCCCUCCACCUUCGAGAUCCGCACCGAACCCUAUGGAUGAAAGAGAGCCUUCUCCACCUGCUUCGUCGGACAGCACAAUCCUGCCCGCUUGGUCCGACGCCUCCCUACGCGCCUAUCUCGACGAUGGCAGUGAAAUUCGCGACAUGCUUGUCGUCAUCAAUGAUACCACGGGCGUUGUGCCAGUUGGCCCCGACCAUCCUCUCAUGAAGGACUACCUUGCUGAGGAAAUGAAGACCAUGCAAGGUCUAAGUGGUGAGCUAGAUCGCUUGCUCAAUGGACUAAUGGAGAAAUCAAUGAAAAGAGCGGGCAGUGCAGCCAGCAAAGCUAGCACCACCCGUAGCACGAGCGCCAACGGCAGCUUGAACAGAGGAACAAUGCUUUGAAGGAGUAAGGCUGGUCCGGAGUCAUUCAUCAUUGUUGGUAUACCCCCAAAGGCACACAUCUUGCUACGCGCCCCCUUGUCGUAACGGCGUUUUCUGGAGAUUUUGGGGCAUCAUGUGAGACGAUCUUGGGAAUACAUCGGCGGGGUUGGUGGGCCUUUGUCUUCUUGCUUUUUUUUUUACUCUUCUUUCUCCAUCUUUUCACCUACGACGCCUUUUUUAUUUUUUGCUCCGUUGUUUUCUUUUGGAAAUCUCUUCUUUACUUCUUACUGAUUUCCACCCGUUUUUCUUCCUUCUUAUACGGGUAGGAGGGGAGUUGACUAUGCGAUGGCGUCUCCCUUUUUUUUACACUCUCCUUCGUAUACAUUCGCUCUCCUUUUAUAUCCACUCGUGCGGCCCCUUCAAUCCUUAAACUCUGUCAACUUGGAAAGGGGCUUGUAACACUUUUUCUUUUUCCUUUUUUUUUUACAAUGACCUGUCUCUCCAAC